UUCCAUUCCAGCUCCGUUUUGCUUCUUUGUUGAUUCUUCAACCCGUCAAACCCUCGCCUGUCCAUCAUUGCCGCCAUUGGGCAAUCCCUCCCGGGCGAUCAUCCCACCAGCCCUUGCACCUUCAGAGUCGUGAGGCCGACACACUUCGGUCAGGGCGUGAAUCCUCUGCAGGCCCCCGUAUGUACCUGGAAUCGGCCGUCGCGCCACACUGCAACCGAAGCCAUGGGGAGAAGAACAAAGGCAGUUCCUCCGCCGCUACAGCAAGUCGACUACGACGCGCUUCCGUGUUCAGUACGGAGAAAGUACUUUUCAUCCUUCGAGCGACUGCAAAUACAACAGCAGGCCCCCGGCACCGGUGACCAGACGAGUGGGCCGUCUUCAGCAUCCUCUUCUUUAGCAGCUUCGAGCACACCGUUCAGUCGUCUUCACUCGAGACGCCGAGCACAGACUGCGACUGCCAGGAGUCAGCAGGAGCCUGAAUUCACAAAAGCAGAGGCUGCAUUCUUUCUUUCGCUACCUGAUAAGGUGCGGAAGCAGCACUUCUCCGCUGAGGAGCAGGUAAUUCUUUUUGCCAAGUGCGACCAGGCGCUCCUUCCUCCUUCCCGUGACCAGGAAGCGGACGAAGUAGCUAAACAACGCUUCCACGACUUUCACUUCGAUUUCUCCACCGACGACCUUGACAACGCUUCAAAGCUCAGAGAACCACCACGUGGGCGCCGCUCCUCCAUUUCUACUUAUAGCCCUUACCGGCCUUCAUUCAACCUUUCACCCAAAUCAAAGAAAGAGCGGGAAGCAGAAAGCAGUAUAUUCUUCAUCGACAUCAUGGAUUCGCCAUCUACACGUCCUGCAGUAUUCAGGCGAACAUUGUCGCUGGGCGGCCCACCCAUUUGUCACCCAACUUGUGCUUCAGCAGGUUCAGCUUCCCCGCUGUUCAUCUUCCCAGCAGAGUAUCGACCACGACACCAACGAUCACAAUCGUCGGCGCUCUCUGGACGACGAUCUUUGUAUACUCCACCGACACCCACCUUUGAUCCAGAGGCCAAAUACUACCAGGAUCCGGAAACACGGACGAAGCUACGCAUGUACCUUGCAUCGCCGCAGAAAUUUGACGAGGCCAUUGAGUUUGGGUUCCCUUCUAGUGCUGAGCAGGAAAACGCCUUGCCCCACUAUCAACUGCCUCCGGUCACCCAGCACUCACGCAAGUUCAGUCGAGACAUGCAUACGUUCUUCAGGGAUGGCACACUUUCCUCCUUCGAGGACCCGAACAGCGGUAACCAAGGCCUUGAGUCUGACGGUGACUCCACUGUCGAUUUCGAAUCACCGCGCACACCCUCAAGCGCAGGCUUGUCGUUUGGUCUUUACACGCGCCAGAUGUCUUCAGUCGACUCAAGUGGCCUGCCAACUUCGCACCCAAGCCCAGGGCAUCCGAACCGCGAGAUGACGCUGCGCAUGACUCUUACUCGGCCCGACCUUCGAGCGGAUGAAGAUGCGCUAUACGGCUGGCAGCACCAAUCUCAGCACCAGCACCAGAAGUCGACGGUGACAGCAACUGUCCAGGACGACCCGUUCGCUCUCGAAGAGCUUGUUCUGACCGACGAUCAGACCGGUACCAAGGGACCAUUCUACGUCAAGCCCAAGCCUAAGGGCAGUCUGGUCACGCGGCUCCUGAAGCGCGCGAGUCUCAAGGGACGAUAUCCCACAACCUGAUCGCCAAAAAUCACGUUUUCUUUGUCGUUCCAUUCCACGACUCAUGUAUUCCAAUCUCCAGCGACCAUAUUGUUGCAUGUUAGCGAGCGUUCUGCUUCAAGCUACUCACGGCUAUGUACGAUGACGAUAUGCAUGGACGAGGCGUUUCAAUUUCACUUCUAUUAAUGUCCAUUAUUCGACUAAAGACAGACAGCAAUCUUGAAGAGAAGACCACUGAAUAAAAAGUUCUGAGCUGCCUUUGCGGCACUCCACUAGACGGAAG